ACCACCACGCGUUCAAACAACAACAAGAUGUCGAAAGAGAAGGCAGGUGUUGAUGCACCCAAGAAAGGCCUCAAGGGUGCCAGUGAUGUGGAGUUGAAACAGGGCAAGAAGAGAAAACGAGUGGAAGUGCCAAAGAAAGGUGAUGGGAAAUCGAUCAAGUUCGAUGAACCGAAAACCGAAGCAGACGAGGUGGAGAUUGAGGCCCCGAAGUCGAUAUCUCGGGUCUCAAAUCAUAGCCAUAAGGAAACCAAACAGCCAUCAGGACAAAAGACGAAGCCGGCGAGUGCAAGACCUCAACAAGCUGUUCCACCACAUCUCUUGCGCAAGCGUGAUGACCUUCUACCAAAGCGGAAAGCUCUGCCCAUCUGGCCAAAGGCUCAAGAGAUCAGGUUAGCCCUCAAAAAGAACAACGUCCUUGUCUUGACCGGAGAGACGGGUUCCGGAAAAUCAACACAGGUCCCGCAAUUUCUGCUAAGUGAGAAAUGGUGUACAAAAUGCAUAGCCAUCACGCAACCCCGUCGAGUCGCUGCGAUAUCGCUGGCCAGGCGUGUUGCGGAAGAGAUGGGUAGCUACAUGGGAAGCCAGAGCCCUAUGGCGAAAGUCGGCUACAGUGUGCGAUUCGACAAUGCUACCGGACCCAACACGAAAAUCAAGUUUCUCACCGAGGGAAUGCUGCUCCAAGAAAUGCUGAGAGAUCCGAUCAUGUCGCAGUACAGCGCUGUGGUGGUCGAUGAGGUGCACGAACGGAGUGUAAAUGUCGAUCUGAUCCUUGGCUUCUUGCAAAAUCUGGUCGCGGGAGUAGAGCAGAGUGGUAAGAAGCGAGAGCAGCCUCUGAAAGUCGUCGUCAUGAGUGCCACAGCGGACGUUGAAGCGCUUGUUGACUUCUUCGAUGAGUCUGGGGCGUCAGCAAAGACAUUACCGCCAUCAGACGGCGAUGUGACUAUGAAGGAAGAACAGGCCGUGGUGAGCCGGGUAUCCAAGUGCUUCGUCGAAGGUCGGCAAUUCCCAGUCAAGACAGUACAUCUUCCGAGCCCUACACAAGAUUGGGUCGAAGCUGCUCUCAAACUCAUCUUUCAAAUACACUACAAAGAACCGCUACCUGGAGAUAUCCUCGUGUUCCUUACAGGUCAAGACACGAUCGAAGGCCUGGAAAAGCUUGUCAACGAUUAUGCGGAAGGCAUGGAUACCGACGUACCUAAGCUCCUUGUUCUUCCGCUCUUUGCUGCGCUACCACAGCACGCUCAACAACGCAUUUUCGAGUCGACUCCAGCUCGUACAAGAAAGGUGAUCCUCGCAACAAAUAUCGCAGAAACGUCCGUUACAGUGCCGGGAGUGCGAUUCGUCAUCGACUGUGGCAAGUCAAAGACAAAGCAAUUCCGCAGUCGUCUCGGACUUGAGUCGCUGCUCGUCAAGCCGAUCUCCAAAUCUGCCGCAAUCCAGCGCAAAGGUCGUGCGGGUCGUGAGGCACCCGGUCAAUGCUACAGGCUGUACACCGAGUCCGGCUACAACGAGAUGGAAGAGCGCACCACGCCCGAAAUCCUGCGGUGCGACCUCAGCCAGGCAAUCCUCACAAUGAAAGCGCGCGGUGUAGACGAUGUCCUCAACUUUCCGUUCCUCGACCGCCCGCCGCGCGAUGCCCUCGAGAAAGCCCUCCUACACCUCCUCCAUCUACAGGCCCUCACCGAGACUGGCACAGUCAGCGAGAUCGGUCUCAAAAUCGCAAAGUUCCCACUCACACCCACACUAGGACGUGUUCUGGUCGAGGCGGCAAGACCAGAGCGCGACUGCCUCCUCGACGUCAUCGACAUCAUCUCCGCGCUGAGCGUGGAAAACGUGUUCCUCAAUUUGGUCACGGAAGAGCGGAAAGAAGAAGCAGAGGAAGCGCGCCGAGAACUAUACCGCCGCGAAGGUGACCAUCUCACGCUUCUUGUUACCGUGCAACGGUAUGCGGAGGAGCAGUCAGACCGUAAGGCGUGGUGUAUCCGGCACUUUGUUUCGCACCGCGCGAUGCAGAAUGUCAUGAACGUGAGAAAGCAGCUGAGGCAGCAGUGCCAGCAGCUCAAGCUCCUUACACCAGGAGAUGAUCAAGAUGCUUCGAGCCCGUCGGAAGAGAGGACGAAGAACAUUUUGGCGUGCAUGCUCAGAGGGUUUGUAGCGAAUACAGCAAGGAUGAUGCCGGAUGGGAGCUACAAAACGCUUAAUGGAAAUCAGCUGGUUGCGAUACAUCCAGGGUCUGUCCUAUUCGGGCGGAAGGUAGAGGCGAUUGUCUUCAACGAGUUUGUGUUCACUGGCAAGGCGUGGGCUAGAGGUGUUAGUGCGGUUCAGCUGGACUGGGUGUCGGAGGUCAUCGACUCUAUUUUGUAG